ACGCCAACUCACACAAUUCAAGCUGAACAAUAGUGUGCUGUACGGCGCAUUUACCACCCUGACGAUAAAUGCCGCGCAGCCAUUCUGCCACACAUCUUCGAGCCCAUAUCCUUGAAGCAUACCACAAUUAUAUGGUGGCUGCCCAUCUCGGUUUACAAAAAAAAACGAUACGGUCAAAUUCGAAGCCAUUACUAUUGGCCUGACCAAUCUACUAGUGCAGCGAGGAGCCUUUGAGGUUGUUGGUAUCAACCUUCACGGGCCCCUCCCUGCUACUGGAUCGUAACCGCCAUCGACUACCUGACGCGCUACGAAUAUAUUGGUGAAACAAAGGGAGAACUAAUGGUACUACUGCUGAUGAUUGUCCUAUUUACAACCUAUGUUUCACAGAUCACAGCAUCCGGUGACAAGAACCAGAGAAGCCCUACCGCGCAUAAAGAAUCUGACGGAAAAUCUUUAGUUCCACAGAUAGCUUUACAAAAAGUUAUGCGGUUUGUUCAAACUGAUGAAGAAAUUCAUCUACAAAUGAUUGACCUAGAGGAUUGGAUCAACCUCAGAUGCGAAUGUGUGAAGUCUAGGUUCCAAGCAAGACAUACCGAUGGAUGUGAGAGGACGAUGCACUGCUACACGUGGGUGAAGGUCUCAACCGGAAAAGAGAGGAUGAUAAGAGAAGAAGGCUGGGUUGACUUCCAGGUUACUAGCAUACGUGGGAUGACGAGCGUCGAUCUGAAGACCAUAGUAGGGAUUGAGCCAACCGAUGAUGCACCAGAAGAGUUUCCUCAUACUUACCUUGUGUUGAAGGCUCAAAGAAACUGUCUGCUUGUCUCAUAUGGUCAAUCAAGUAAUGGAACGCAAAGGUGUCUGCUGUGGGGAUUAUCUGGAAGCCAUGUUAGCAAACAAACUCAAUGCUAUAAGGCGCUCAAUUCAUUUUGCGCUCCAGACAUAUACGAUAUGACGGAAACUGCCAGUUCAUGUCAGCAAUACGAUCUUAAUGAAGACACGUGAAAAGAAAGCACAGCAGUAUGAGAAAAAACAUUAGCACCACGUCCACCAAAUUGUUGAAAAUAAAGAAAAACCUUGUCUUUA